UUUUUGUUUUUCCCCACUUGUGAAAUAUUUUCACCUGAUACAGAAACGCAGAAGAAAGUGCAAGAACGCUUGGAUCAAUUAAACUCCCAUCCGGAAUUCGUAUGCUAUUUGGCAUAUAUAUUAAGUCGACUUAGAAGUGAACAGGUAACAAAUCGAUCUCUUUCUGGUUUAAUACUCAAGAACUGUGUUCGACAAAUGUGGAAUCAACUGCCGGAACAGAUACAUUUAUUUAUAAAAAACGAGGCUCUAUCUGCGAUAUCUGAUCCAGAUCCUUUAAUUAAAGCGACAGUUGGUAUAAUUAUAACUACAAUAGUUUUAAAUGAAGGAAUUGCUAAAUGGCCUUCACUAAUUCCAACUCUUUGUGAAAUGUUAUGCACUACGAAUAUUGAUCUUCAGAUGGGCGCGCUAGGAGCUUUGCAGAAGAUCUGCGAAGAUUCAGCUGAAGUCAUUUUUUUACAUUUAAAACAGCAUGUUUUCUUACAAAGUUUUAAUGAAAAAAUUUUCAGGGCAUUGUCAAUCAAUACUCUAAAUUCAAUUUUAAUGGUUCAUCUGCAAGUAUUGAAGGAUGUUGUUGAUCUUUAUGUAUCACAUUUGUUUCGUUUAGCCGGUGAUGCGGAUGGGGAAGUGCAAAAGCAGUUAUGUCGUGCGUUGACAUUGUUGUUAGAUAUUCACUUAGAUAAACUUGCUCCUCAUCUCGCGAAUAUUACUGAAUUUAUGCUGAUAAAAACACAAGAUGGUAAUCAGUUGACAGCUUUAGAAGCUUGUGAAUUUUGGUUAGCUCUGGCAGAUAAUUCUCAAGUAUGUAAACACACCUUAUUACCAUAUUUGCCGAGGUUAAUACCAGUAUUAGUGCGAUGUAUGCGUUACUCUCCUGACGAUCUCAUUUUGCUUAAGGCAGAUGUUGAAGACGAUAGUGCUAUCCCAGAUAGACAAGAGGAUAUACGUCUUUUUCCUUUUAAUGAAAUUUUUGAGGAAUCUAUGGAUGAUGAUGAUGAUUUUGAUGAUGACUCUUCGAUGGAAUGGAAUUUAAGAAAAUGCAGUGCCGCAUCACUCGAUGUUUUAUCUGGUAUAUUUGGUGAUGAAUUUCUGCCAGUUUUAUUACCGAUAUUGAGGGAAACCUUGACUAAUGAAGAUUGGCUGAUUAAAGAAAGUGGGAUACUUGCAUUAGGUGCUGUCGCAGAAGGAUGUAUGGCUGGUAUUAAACCUCAUCUUCCUCAGUUGAUUCCCUUUCUUAUUAAUUCGUUAGACGAUCGAAAAGCCCUUGUUAGGUCAAUAACAUGUUGGACAUUGUCGCGAUAUUGUCAGUUUGUUAUGCAACAAGAUCAUAAUCUGUAUUUUAAAAAAUUUAUAAAUUGGCUAAUUUUAUUUUUCUUAUUCUGUUCCACAAUUUUGAUCAGUAAGAGAGUCCAAGAAGCUGCUUGUUCAGCAUUUGCAACUCUUGAAGAAGAAGCAAGUACUGAACUUGUUCCAUAUCUUUCAGAUAUUAUUUCAACGCUAUCAGUCGCUUUUCAGCGUUAUCAGGCGAAAAAUUUACUGAUAUUAUAUGAUGCUGUAGGAACGCUUGCAGACAGUGUUGGAGCUCAUCUUAUCAAUCCAUCUUAUCUUGAAGCACUUAUGACUCCAUUAAUGGCCAAGUGGAGUUCCUUGACUGAUGAUGAUCGUGAACUGUUUCCUUUACUUGAAUGCAUGUCUUCUGUCGUAACAGCUUUACAUUCCGCUUUCGCACCAUUUGCCAAACCAGUAUUCGACAGAUGUAUCCAGCUGGCAAAAGAACGGCCAGGUGAAGCCGAGAUGCCAGAUAAAGAUUUUCUUGUUGUGGCUCUUGAUUUAUUGUCGAGCUUGACGGAAAGUCUUGGCGAAGAAAUAGAUCAUUUUGUCGGUGAAAGCAAUAUUAUUGCUCAUUUAUACCAAUGCUCAAUGGAUCCUCAAUCCGAAGUGCGGCAGAGUGCUUUUGCUCUUUUGGGUGAUUUGACGAAAACGAGUUAUCAUCGGCUGCAGUCACAUUUAGAUAUGAUUAUGUCUGUUCUUUGUCAAAAUAUUAAUCCGGAACAAGUUUCGGUUUGUAAUAAUUCGAUAUGGGCUAUUGGUGAAAUAUCUUUAAAAUCAGGUGAAGCGAUGAAGAAAUAUGUGGAAUCAAUUAUUCCAAAUCUAAUUUUUGUUAUAAGUCGUGAAAAAAUACCAAAAACACUUAUGGAAAAUACUGCGAUCACAAUCGGACGAAUGGGUAUCACUUGCUAUAUCGAAAUUGCUCCAUAUAUGUCUUAUUUUUUGCGACCAUGGUGUUUAGCUUUACGAAAUGUUCGCGAUAAUCCAGAAAAAGAAAGCGCUUUUCGAGGCCUUUGUUACAUGGUUAAUGUGAACCCUGCUGGUGUUAUUGAAGAUUUCAUUUUUUUCUGCGAUGCAAUCGCUUCCUGGAAUAAUCCCAGCUCGGAACUAAAAAAUAUGUUUGAAGAGAUUCUUUGUUCUUUCCGAGAUAAAAUUGGUCAUGUGAAUUGGACAGCGUUCAUUUCUCAAUUUCCACCACCGCUGCAGCAGCGAUUGGCUGCAUUAUACAACAUAUGGAAUGUUUAA